AUGUUGCGUUCAUGGUUUUCUCUCGGUCGCGCAAAUAAGUACAUCUUUCCGACUGUGAGCCCCGACGCGGAUGGACCAGAAUGCCUAAAAGACUGCGCCGACUGCACAGUCCAAUUCCCGUCAAAAGUCAAGGUCGACAACUUAAGGCCAUUGUAUGGCCAUAUUAAGUCCUUCCACUCACACGUUCUCGUGGCAACGGGACGAUCAGACUGGAAAGAGAAGGUCGAGCAGGAAAAAGGCACUUUGAUGGAGGCAUUCGACGAGACCAAAUCGGAGCACGGUCGCAUAAUGGUCUCGGCAUCAAAUCUUAAUGCGCCAGAUCACGAAACAGCAGAGGGAGCCGACAACGCCACCUCAGUGCUCAUUCUACCAUCGUUCACAUUCGUGGACAACAUCACUCAAGCCGAUGUACCAGAAGUCAUGAGUCGGUUCAUCGAUCAUCCCGUCACGCAACUCAAUGAAAAAGGCACCGUCGCCGGUGCGGUCGCCCCUAUAUCUGGAAUCAGCUCCCGACCCUGCGAUCUAGAUUACGUGGUACUACUAUGCUCGCACAAAAGACGAGACGCCCGAUGCGGAAUUACAGCACCAUUGAUCAAGCGCGAGUUGGAGCGACAUCUACGUCCACUGGGCUUAGACCGUGACGCCGAUGAUUCACGACCUGGAGGUGCGGGUAUCUUCUUCGUGUCCCAUGUUGGUGGACAUAAGUUCUCGGCAAAUGUCCUUGUUUACCGGAAGAAAGACCAGCAGAUGAUCUGGUUGGCAAGAGUACGACCGGAGCAUUGUGAGGGGAUCGUCAGGUACACUUUACUCGAGGGAAAAGUUGUACACCCUGACACGCAGCUCCGAGGAGGGUUCGAUCGGGUGCAUGGAUUGACGAGUUGGUAA